GCUGCCCACCCGUCGUUUCACCUGCCAGUGGGUCAUCAUUGCGCCGCCUGACGCGGCGCAACCUGAAGAGGCCACGAUGUUUGAUUCAGCUUCCCUCCUCCUAUAUAAAGGCCUCCACCCCUCUCCUUUGUUCACUUUCCGCGAUCAAGUCUCAGAGCUUUCACCGGUCAAAUUCUUCUCUCUCGCUAUUCAGCCCUCCGAGUCAAGUAAGUUUCCCCUUCUUUCUCUAAUUAGUUUCCCGGUCAUGUCUUCUUUGGAUAGCCAUAGGACUUCUUCUUCAGAGGACUGCUCCUCUGAGGACUCCAACUCCUCCUCUUCGACCGGGUCUUCUUCUCCUGACUCAAUGCCCGGUCAAACUCCUUACUCCCCCAUACCUGAGCCGCAGCCUGUAAAUCAGAUGCUCGGUGAAGUUUUUACGGGGAGGGACGAGCCGGUUGAUGACGAACCGGGUCCCUAUGACCCUGAAAACGAAACCCGAGACGCGUGGGAGGAGCAGCUUCAUGCUGCCGGUUACUUUCCGCUCCCCACCUUCUACGUCCUUGACAUCCCUUCCCAUGUAUCCAAAAUCGCCUUGAAUAAAAUUCGUAGGAGGCUCCCGGAUGGGUAUACCCUUUUGUAUGAACAUAACUGGCCCAAUAUUGUUGAACCCCACCGGGAGGAUAGGAUGGGGUUCCACACCAUAUCACAGGACGCGGGCAUCGUUUUUCCCCUUCGCCCCCUCCUUACCGAAGUUUGCCAUGCGUUUAGGAUUUUGCCCGGCCAAAUAACUCCUAACGCCCACCGGUAUGUUCAUUCCUUUGUAAAUAUCUACACUCAUCUGAAAAUCGUCCCCUCCUUGCGUCUUUUCCUUUUUUGCUUUGAAGUCCUACCGGGCGGGACUGGCUGCGAAGAUAUGGAGUUCGAGGAGUUUGCCAUCCCCGAUGACCAACCAGGGGGAGAGGCCGGGGGUUCCAAAGCCGGGACUGCCAAAACUUUCACGGUCCAACCAGAGACCGUGGAAGUCCAUGAUCUAGAUGAGCCAGAAGAUGACCGGUCGAAGGGCAAGGAGAAGAUCGGCCGGCGGAUAAAGAAGGUUGGAGAAAUCGGACCCCUUACAGCUGACCGGCUGGGGUUAGGCUCUCCUUCGGAACUUGCCCGGCUGAAGAAGGAGAAAGAGGAGAUGGCUCUCAUCUUGAAGAGUCAAGCUGACGAGCUGACCAGGCUGUCUGGGCUAGCUGGGUCUAUGAAGGUGGAGAUCUCCCAGCUGAAGGAAGAAAACUGCCGGUUACUCGACGAAGUUUCUGGGGCGAAGCAGGAGAUGGCCAGAAGGAAAAAGACUUCCCCGGUCGUGCUGCCGCAUGGGUGGGAGAGAACAAGGCUGAGGCUUCCCGGGUACUCACAGCGACUCCGGAGACGACCAUGGAAUCUUUCAGGUUUCUCUACCGGGAGCCUGAGGGGAGGAAGAUGAUCACCGCGAUUGGAUCCUUUGGUU